CACACCAAGCCAGAAGCAUCUCCUGGUUAUUGAGAGAUCUGAAAAAGUGAAAACUGCAAUAAUGGUGCUCUCUGACAGCAUGAGAAGGGUUUUAGAAGAACUUGGCAGCCACAUAAGGGCAAAUGCUGAAGCUUGGGGUGCAGAUGCUUUAGCCAGGUUGUUUCAGCUCUGUCCUCAAACUAAGAUGUACUUCAAGAAAUUCAACGGCUUCAAAGCAAGUGAUUCAUGUGUCAAAAUGCAUGGUUACGUUGUAAUGACAGCUGUGGCAGAUGCAAUCCGUAACUUGGACAACCUGAGUAAUCACCUGGAACCUCUUGCCGAGAAACAUGGUGAAGUAAUAUGUGUGGAACCUCCUAACUUUUUUGUGUUCUCUAAGUGUAUCACAGUUACCCUGGCCAUUCACUUGCCUGCGUUCACCCCUGAAACCCACAAUGCAGUCGACAUAUUCCUUCAGUUGCUUUCACAUAACUUGAGCUCCAAGUACCGUUAAAGACACUAUCAAUAAACCAUGGUGAAUGACAGCAAGAUCAUCACUUAAAUCUCCUCCUGCAUGUUUUCUCAAGCUGUCUGCUAAUAAAUCAUUAGUCCUGUAAACACACAUAAUGUGUUUGCUUUUGCUCCUGUUCUUUAAUUAAUUCCACAUUUUGGCAUUGAUUAAUUGUUAUAACUGGUAAACUGGACUAAAUAAACAUUCCACACGCGUCAAAGUUGCUGGUGAACACAGCAGGCCAGGCAGCAUCUCUAGGAAGAGGUACAGUCAAUGUUUCAGGCUGAGACCCUUCGUCAGGACUAACUGAAGGAAGAGUUAGUAAGAGAUUGAAUUGAAUUUCCAGCAUCUGCACAUGUUGCUUGAAUUUCCAGCAUCUGCAGAAUUCCUAUUGUUUGUAUUGUGUAAAUAAACAUCACUUUUAUCAAUGUU